AUGAUUCCGCAGCCUGUAAAGCCCUGCCUACCCCCGCCUAUGUGGAAUCCACCACCAUGCAAGUUUUCAUUCUGUCCUCAGCCUGUGGAACAGUUAUUAUGGUCUCCUAUGGUGAAGUCUAAACCCCCGUACAAGGUGGUAUUUACAUCGCAACCUGCAACAAAAUGUCAGUGCUUAAAUAUGCUGAAGUCAAGUUUUCCAACUGAGGUUUUACUCACUGCACAACCUGUAAAGAGUUGUCCUUGUUCACCUGCGUUCAAGGCACCGCUAGAUACUCAAGUCUUAUUCACCUCACAGCCAGUAAAGGAGAGUUCAUGCUCGUCUAAGUUGGAGUCGGAACCCACGAGCGAGGCCAUCUUUACAUCCCAAUCUGAAAAGGUCUGCCCAAAUUCUGGCGAGUUGAAGGAGGAGUCCAUCAGCGAAGCUGUUUCGGAACCAAGUCUUUCAAAAGAGUCUCAACAUUCUACUGAAUCUGAAGAUCUUGACGAAAUUCUUGCUGCUCUCUUUAAGUUAUAUUUUCUUUUCUUGAAGACGAAGUAG